AUGGGAGACAACGCACUAGAGCUGCCAGUCCUAGAAGAAGCAAAGCCCACCGUGAGACUCAAAGGCAAAGAAAACGAGUAUGUCGAGACUCUAGAGUAUAAUACUUUCCAGUCUCGAGGUGGGAACCCAGAAACCCUCAUGGACGAGGAACGAUGGCUUGACUUUCCUGUUCAUGUCUCACGCCCCUUGAAAAAGGCUAAGAUUCACGGAUCCGACAGAGAUGCUUCUCUGCCACCCAUGGAAACAUCUGGGACGACAACCAUCUGGAACCCAGAACCAGUCUCUGGCCUUGGAAAUAACCGCAUUUCGAAAUUAGACAUUGGUCGAAAGGCGACUGAGACACAUGUGGCCGUUAAGCUAGCUGCCAGAGCUAGUAAUUCUAUCAACAGACUACACUGCAGGACAAAAGAAUGGAUUAGUACCGCCAAUGGUAUGCAGCUCAUAACGAACAUCAAGGUCAGCGGCGUGUUUGUAGGGAUAUCUGCAUUAAACUACAACGCCAUCUUCAUGAUGAAGUCGAGUACUCAACAUUUACCGGAUGGCUUUAAUGGCCUCUCAAGGCGGCAAACUAUCAAAAACAUGUUGAAUUUAGACAACACAGAACUUGUCGAACUAGUAUUUGGGCCAGAGCAUUACGUACAAGGGCAAGAGAUCAUUUGGACCGAGAACAUGCUGAUCCCAAGCAACAUGUCAUAUGUCAAACGCGCACUCCAUGGACACUUGGAUGAUGGUGAGAAAACUCGGUUCAUGCAGCUAUUGAGGCGAGAACACCACCUCCUUGUGUCUGGGAAUGGUCCAGCUGGUGUUGCUAAGACCCUCCCGUCCAAUGAAGCGCCAAGUCGAAAGCCAUUGAUUUGUCGCGCUAUUCAAGGUGGAAAGGGUUACAACGAUCUACAUUUCAUCUUGAGGUGGCCUCCAAUGGCACUGCUGGAGUUUCCCGGAGACAUGAUCAACGAAAUGCAAAGCUUUCUCGACAGAUAUCCUUCUGACAAUGUGCCCUUGAACAUUGCACUGGCCGCAACAAUUGUCUAUUUCGAUAUUGAGGAAACAGACGACCACGACAUGGAGGGCUUUGUGGAUUCCUUUCCUGGGCGGAAGCCAGCUCUUGUGCAAAAAGCCCCCUUAGCAACUUUUAUUAUAUACUUUCCUCACAUGCUGAGAUCCCACCGCGAUCCCCUCGAAGUCUCUACCGUUCGCGAUAACCUCAAUCCAAUCUCAAUGCGCUCCUGGGUCCACCAGGUACGCUCUCGUCAUCCGCAAGUUCUUGCGGACUCAAGGUUCACUCUGAUUCCCGCAUCUAUGCCAGGGUCAACAAUGGUAUUUCCCGAAGACUGCACUCAUGCUGAGAGACCAUCAUCUGACCUGUUCGCGCUAUGUUGUUUGAAUGACGUGCGAACUCUGGGAAUUCCAAGUUAUUCGCGUAACCCGGGUUUCCCUUUUCAGUGUGUAGGAGCACCCAAAUGGCUCUUCACAAAGGCGGUUCAGAAAUUUGAUAAGAAUUGCUUUUCACUCACUGGAAAUCCUACAGUCGCCUAUUGGAAUACUACCACUCCUGAGACAGUCAAAGCUCUUACCGGUUCGGCAAGGGCAAUCGGCCCUGUUUUCCCAGAUGUCGGGUCUGAUUACUACAACACGGAGGCCAUAUUCUCUUGCGUGAAGCGGUGGUUCGGCGACGAGUCUUACUACACCGAGAACCCUCAGUUUUGCCUCGAUAAUCCAGAGCUUGAUCGACAGAAUAUGGCAACCAGGGCGGACGAGCUCAUCAGGAUUGCGGAUCGCUUGGGUAUACCACCCAAUGAGAGAAGGACGAGCCACGAGACCAUGUUGAUUGAGUGGGAUGGUAUGGAAACACAAUUGAAGUCGCUUCGAAAGAAGGGAAAGUUGAAGCGGCUCGCUGCGCCGGAAUAUUAUACACCUCCAGCCAAGCGCGCACAACCUGUCGAACCAACCUUGAGCUCGCACAUUAAAGGGGAGAUUCUUCAAACUAUCAAAGGCCUUGCAGCUUCAUCGUGCGACUGGGACAAGCUGCUAAAGGAUCUUGAAACUCCAGCCCCAACAAUUAAAGCAAUUCACGAGUCAUUCUCCCAUGUGCGUUUGUUUGUAGCAGAGUCAGAGAAGAUACUACAGGAUACGAAUGAUGGCAAUGGAGAAGGAGAUCUGGACCAUGUCAUUCGACUGGUGUUUCGAGCCGAGGGACUUUUCGGGUCGGGAGUAGAAGCAAUGGACUACGAGUCAAAAUGGGACCAACACCGCAACAGGCUUUCCCAGCUGUUUGGACAGCCAACGGGGAAGGCUAUGGAAGCUGUUUUCAGACUCCGGAAUACUCCUGACGCGUUCAGUAUCAUUCUUCCCCAGAUUCAGGUUUUGGCAGAAUCUUCUUUGAUCAAAGACCAAGUCGAGGCCUUCAAGAAGAUCGAGGCACUACUGGGACAGCCGCCGACCGAGAUCGAUGAUCAGACAGCUUCGGGGAGAAAUGAGGGACAAUAA